AUGGCUGCCACCAGUUUCGUAGCAGCGUCACUUGUAAGAAGAGCAGCUGUGGCUUUUACUCUGUCCCAUCCUCUCAUAAACAACAGGGUCUCUUACCACAGGACCCUUGUCACCUUUCCCCUCAGUCCUCGCUUGAGUUCUUCAGCUUCAGGAAUAUACCAUUUAGCUCAAGCUGUAAAGAGGGAUGAUGAUGAUUUACUUAAAGGAGUGGUGGACAAAACUGUUAUUGAAGAAGUAAAGCACGUUCUUGAGAUGGCUAGACGUGCGUCAUUAAGAAGAGAAGUUCUCCAUACAAAUUUUCUCACCCCUCCAGUGUUGAAGGAGUCGAUGCUAGCAUUGGAAAAGCUAGCUGAUUUGAAAGCAGUUGCUCAGGGUGGAUACCCACAGGCUGAGCGGUGCCGAAUCUCAGUUGGACAUCCAGAACUUUUGACAAGUGAUCCUGAUAUUAUUGUUGCAUUGAGUAUCACGGGAAACUUUGGGUUUCAACCUUGUUCUCAUGGUGACUUCCUAGGCGCAAUUCUUGGUACAGGGAUUGCUAGGGAGAAGUUUGGAGAUGUUAUUUUUCAGGGGGAGAAGGGGGCUCAAGUCAUUGUUGUUCCAGACCUUGCUGACUAUCUUAUAUCAUCACUCGACAAGGUUGGCAAUGUUCCUGUAUCUCUUACUAAGAUACCACUGAUUGCUCUUGAUUACGAACAACCAAGAACUAAGUCAUUUAAAGCCAUAGAAUUAUCACUGAGGAUUGAUGCUAUAGCUAGUGCAGGAUUUAAGAUUUCACGGUCAAAACUAGUUGAUCUGAUCCGUGACGGGGAUGUGCGCCUCAACUGGACCCCUGUUACCAAAAAUGGAGCUACACUCAGGACUGGUGAUAUAGUUUCGGUUAGAGGUAAAGGAAGACUGAAGAUUGGAGAAAUUAACUCUACGAAGAAGGGGAAGUUUGCAGUUGAGCUCAUUCGUUAUCUGUAA